AAAAUCUGACAUUUAAACAGCAACCAUCCUCCUCAAAAGUGUAGGCCAAUAUCUGUUUGUUUUUUGUUCGCUGUGAAGUAUGAAUACACGUAACUAUUUCCCACCGGAUUCUUUGUUUGGCUCUGGCAUUCCAUUUUCAUUUCCAUCGAUUGCUUCAACUGGAGGUGGUCAUGUAGCCAUUGGAAUCCGAAAUGGGUCAGCCCGAAUCCCUCCCUUAUCGUUCCUGAUGAGGACUGCAAUGAGGAUCUCAAGAGCGAAUUGGUUCAAUUUUUUGAGAAGAGUGUUCCAUUACCAGAAUGGGUCAAGGUCUGAUCUUGGAUCAAAUCCUUUCAAUUCUGGGUCAUGGAUCACCUUGGAGUUCAUAACCUUGGCUGUUCAGAUAACCAUCAUAUCUCUCACGCUUGCGACCUCUAGGGAGGAGAAGCCAUCGUGGCCUCUAAACAUAUGGAUUGUUGGGUAUGACAUUGGGUGCCUUCUCACUCUGCCUCUACUGUACUGGCGCUAUAACCAUUGUUUUGUGAUCCAAGGAAACUCUGAUUUAGAACAGCAGAGAAACAAUGAAGAAUCCAGGUCAGAUUUGAUGAACAAAUCCAGGACUUUUCUUGAAUUGUUCUUUGCAAUUUGGUUUGUGAUGGGUAACGUUUGGGUCUUUGAUUCUCGCUCUGGAUCCUUCAAUCAAGCUCCAAAGCUUCAUGUGCUCUGCAUAAUGCUGCUUGCUUGGAAUGCUGUCAGCUACUCUUUUCCCUUCCUGCUGUUCCUGUUGCUUUGUUGCUUUGUCCCAUUGAUCAGCAAGCUCCUUGGUUACAACAUGGGCAUGGGUUCAGCUGAUCGAGGGGCAUCUGAUGAUCAGAUCUCCCAGUUACCCAGCUGGAAAUUUAAACAAGUUGAUAGCUGUUCAGAGCCCGGUGAUGGUGCUGGGUGCAAUUCAGACUCUGAGAAUGAAAAUUCAGAAUGCUGUAUUUGCCUUGCCAAUUACAGAGAUGAAGAAGAGAUUAGACAGUUGCCAUGUUCCCAUAUUUUUCAUCAAAGAUGUGUGGAUCAGUGGCUCAGGAUUAUAUCUAGUUGUCCUUUUUGUAAACAAGAUCUGAAGAGAUGAUAGAAAAUAAGAGGGGAGCUGAAGUGACGAAAACUUUCAUUGUGAUUGUUAAUAUUCAUGUAUCAACCGAAUUAUGUUAAGUGUGUAUAGUUCUGGGU